UAACCUAAACUAGGUAGAAUGCUUAACCUAGGGUACUUUCUAUCUAUCUAGCUUCUGCUAUGAUGCUUGUAUUGAUCAACCAUCGUCACCUUAAAAUGUUGAGGUUAAAAUUAAAAUGUUAAAAGUUUGAGCUUAAAAAGUGAAAUUUGAUAUAAUAGGCCCUAAUACUUGGCCAAUUGACAAGAGUUAAUACGUAAUCAAAGAAAGUUUUGACAUUUUCAGCUGAAGAAACAAUAUGGCUUCUACAGUUGGAAGGUUAGCUGCUUCAGCCACUGUCAGAGCUGUGAAAAGGAAAUUUCCUCCAAGAGCAGCUCUUGUUUUGACGCCAGCUGCAGUGUCAAAGAUAAAGGAGAUUCUUCAAGGAAAACCUCAGUUUAUUGGCUUAAAAGUGGGCGUGCAACAAAGGGGAUGCAAUGGACUUAGCUACACUCUUGAUUACGUUGAGGAAAAGGGGAAAUUCGAUGAAGAGGUGAUGCAAGAUGGUGUUCGUGUAAUCAUUGACAAGAAAGCACAGCUGACUCUUCUAGGCACAGAGAUGGAUUAUGUGGAGGACAAACUGUCAGCUGAGUUUGUCUUUAACAACCCCAACAUAAAGGGAACGUGCGGCUGCGGUGAGAGUUUCUCUUUAUAACUUCACCACUUAAAGAUUCUGUAUACAAAUCUAGUAAUUAAUAGAAUUUUGUUCUGUGAUAUAGGCUAUUAUAGCUGCAUUGGGAAUGUAAAUAAUUUGUUUAUAUUUAUUUUCUCUUUGUAUAUAGAUGUGUUAAGUAAAUAAAAAAGAUAUUUUAUUUGAAAA